CCUGCCCUCUCGACAACACUUUUGGUUGCACGACUUUCUCCAUGGCCACCGCUCCCGCUUCCAUCACGCCGCCGUCCAUGGGAACGUCGACAACGCCCACGUCGACGGUCUUUACUGGAACGGCGUCCGGGGCGUCUUCUCCCGUCGUGCAGCGGGUGGCGCAAACGUUUUUCAAGUUUGUGCAAUCCAUGAGCAUGUUCGAGCCCGACCCCAUGACCCCACGCGAGUUCCUCACCGACUUCUACACCGAACGCAACCUGCCCGAGAAGCUCUCGGACGUCGACGCGUUGGUCGCGUACUACGGCACCGACGCAAACAAAAUGAUGUUACUGUACACUGAACUCGACAAACGCUACGGCACGUCGUUUGCGGCGAAUCCCCCGUGCAAGUUUCAAGACGAAGCCGUGCGACGGCCGGAAGCGGCGACGACCACCACCGCGCCAGGAACCAAGCCCCCUGUUAACAAAGUCAUUUUGCUGGGGAAUUCCGGCGUCGGCAAGACCAACUUGCUCAGCCGUUUGGCCAAAGGCGAGUUCAGCACAGAUUUUGCGUCGACGAUUGGCGUCGAGUUCCUCACGCAAGUGAUGGAGGUCGAUGGAGUCCAGGUGAAGGCGCAGAUUUGGGACACAGCCGGCCAAGAGCGAUUCCAUGCCAUGAUGAGCACGUACUACCGAAAGGCCGUCGGCGCGUUGCUUGUAUUUGACGUGACGGACAAGACCACGUUUGACGGGAUUCAAAAGUGGCUCGACCAGCUCGUCCAGGUGGCCGAGCCGGGGCUCGCUACGGUGCUUGUGGGCAACAAGGCCGACGUCGACGCCAGCAAGCGCGCCGUGUCCACGAUGGAAGCCCAGGCGUAUGCUGCGUCGCACCACAUGAUGUAUGUUGAAACGUCGGCCAAAACCGGCGCCAACGUGGACAAGGCGUUCCGCGACCUCCUCACGACUGUGCACCGCCUCCAGUCGUACUCGCGCAUGGACCAUGGAGCGACGUCGGCAUUGGACUUGAGUGCCAAGCCUUCGCAGCCCGCCCCCGACAGCUUUUGUGGCUAACCGAUCCAAUUGUACUGGAGCAUCCAGAUCAAUGGUAUGCCGUUCGCACGAAAACAGCACCAUUCCUGUCAUCGCUUGUUCCGUCUCGAGCGUUGCUGCUCCUGUGCUACACCAACUCCUCCCCAACCCGACGUAGAACCCCCUUGAUUCACUGCUGCACAUGC